GAAGAAGUGGGAGUUUUGUUUGUUUUGGCAAUGUACUAUUUUUAUUAGGGUGGACUAAGUUAGUUUCAACAUUACGUAUUAAUUUAUUUAUUUACAUAUUUUAUUUUGGUUUCAAACUGUCCAGUUGGUGGCGACAAUAUACCUUUUUGAGAGUAGUCUGACAUAAAACCCACAGAAGAAGAAGAAGAAGAAGAAGAAGAAGAAGAAGAAGAAGAAGACGAAGAAGAAGAAGGAAACGAAGAAGAAGAAGGAAACGAAGAAGAAGAAGGAAACGAAGAAGAAGAAGGAAACGAAGAAGAAGAAGGAAACGAAGAAGAAGAAGGAAACGAAGAAGAAGAAGAAGAAGGAAACGAAGAAGAAGAAAAAAACUAAUUUCCUGCACAUGCGGAGGUUACUUCUGGUUUCUAUCACAGUAGCCGUAAGACAGUUUUCAUUGAUACAGCGCAAAAAUAUUUGGCUACUUUGCAGAUUCAGUACAUUUAUUUAUACAUUUGUUAAGUCAUCAUGUCGGGAAUACCACCAGAUACCUGGCAGCCACCCACAGUGAGCCUGGAGACAACAAUGGGUACAAUUGUAGUGGAACUGUACUGGAGACAUGCUCCCAAAACUUGCAAAAACUUUGCUGAGUUGGCCAGGAGAGGUUACUACAACAACACCAAGUUUCAUCGUAUUAUCAAGGAUUUCAUGGUGCAGGGAGGAGACCCCACAGGAACAGGUCGUGGUGGUGCCUCCAUAUUUGGCAAACAGUUUGAAGAUGAACUAAACCCUGACUUGAAAUUCACAGGUGCAGGAAUCUUAGCAAUGGCCAAUGCAGGACCAGACACCAACGGAAGCCAGUUCUUCCUUACCCUAGGGCCUACUCAGUGGUUGGAUGGGAAGCACAGUAUCUUUGGGAGGGUGUGCCAAGCUGAAGACAUUGGGCUUGUUUGAAUGGUAAGGCUGAAGCAACCGACUGCAGAUGAAUGUCGAGGAGUGAAGUCGGGGGAGGUGCAUCUCUACAGCCAAAAGUUGGACACCGAUGUGGUUUUCCAACAGAAAGGCUCAGUGCAACAUAGCAGUGUUGCCAUUGUUUAUAAACCUUUUUUUGUGUGUUUACUUUUACCCCUUCUCCCCAAUUUUGUGGUAUCCAAUUGGUAGUUAGUCUUGUCUCAUCGUUGCAACUCCAGUAUGGACUCAGGAGAGGCAAAGGUCGAGAGCCGUGCGUCCUCUGAAACACAACCCAGCCAAGCCGCAUUGCUUCUUGACACAAUGCCCGCUUAACCCGGAAGCCAGCCACACCAAUGUGUCGGAGGAAACACCGUACACUUAGCGACCGUGUCAGCCCGGCCCGCCACAGGAGUCAUAGAGCGCAACGGGACAAUAACAUCCCUGCUGUCCAAACCCUCCCCUAACCCGAACGACGCUGGGCCAAUUGUGCGCAACCCCAUGGGUCUCCCGGCUGCGACAGAGCCUGAACUUGAACCAGAAUCUCUAGUGGCACUGCGCUACUCAGGAGGCCAAAACCAUUUCAUUUUUAAGAUUGAAAUAAACAUGUCUCAAACACUCACAAACUGUAAAUAUACUGUAUGUGUAUACAUUGUACUAUCAAUUGGGGAGAGAGAGCCUCAAAUAUCACAUUAAUUUGUACAUAUCCACUGUAUACAUAUGAAACAUGGCAAAGUUGCUUCCUGUUUCAGUCAUGUCUUUGGUCCCAUUUCCGUGUCAAACAAAAACACAAAUGAUUGGUUGACAAAUAGUGCCUCUCAAAAUGCAGGCGAAGGAUGCAGUUGAAACAUCAUGACAUUUGAUCACAUGGUUUUUGGAAAGUUCAUGCAGUCAAGAUGUAGGUGCUUGUCGGACAAUAUUUAUACCCAGAAUCCAACACAUUUCACAAGGCGGUGACCAACGAUGGUAUCCGACUUUACAAAAGUGAUCAUCUCGAACGCUCCCAUUAACAUUUCAUAUUCAUCCAAUGGGUGCGUUUGAGUGGUAAGACGAAAGUAGCCGAUUGUAGACCGAAGUCGAGAGGUACAUAUGCACCGACGGCAAGUCGGACGACUUCUGCUGUUUCUAGGAUACGCAACAACGGCAGACGUGGCAUUCGCCUUGGUUAUUGCCGAUGAAGUGGAUGUUAUCGAAAUUCCACUUCUCCUACACAAAGCUGAACAUGAUCAACAUGAUCCAAGGAAUGAAUAUCCUGAUAAGGAAAUUAGAUUCCACCCCAAGUUCUUUCUAACAGUCACAAGGCUUGUUUUGUAUUUUUUUAUGGUUUUGUCAAAUAUAACCAGGUAGUGAGUGCGUAGGCUACUAGAAUGAGAACAUAUAGGUGUUUUUGCAGCAUAUGGCAUAUGCCUGUUUGCCAUUAAUUCAUGCCAUCAUUAUUAUUUGUGAUUGCAACAUGGAUUUGUAACAGAUGUGAUUAAAUGGAGUCCACAAAUA